AAGUCGGAACAUUUUAAGUGUAGCAAUUUAUUGCAGCGAGUUCUGUUGUGAAAAAUCCUAAGCGAGCUUUUGUAGCUCAACACCCCAUCAACAUGAAGCCAGCUGUCGAUGAAAUGUUUCCUGAGGGAGCGGGACCGUAUGUGGACUUGGACGAGGCAGGGGGAAGCAGUGGUCUACUGAUGGACUUGGCUGCAAACGAGAAAGCUGUUCACUCUGACUUUUUCAAUGAUUUUGAAGAUCUCUUUGAUGAUGAUGACAUCCAGUGACUGGGGCCCUGGUUGGCAUCAGCUCGUGAUUGUGGAAGCAAGACAUUUUAUGGCCUGCAGCCUAUAUUUUCCUCUGUCUGCAAAUAUGAUGAUGUAUUUAUUAUUUCCGUUUGGUAUUGCAUUGUUCCAAUAAAUGUUUGUGUAAAAAAACCCAAAGUUUCA